UAGCGCGUGUGUUUUUGUAUUUGUAUCGCGGUGCACCGUGGGCCGGGCGAAAGCCAAGAUGGCGGCAGCCGUGUUUGGCGAACGCGUUUCAAGUAUAUAUUCGGUUUAAAUCACAUAAAUGGCUCGAUUUAAACGCACAGUAAGUUCUUACACUGUGAUUUCUUAGUUCGCACAAUUCACCAGCCAUUCAAUUGUUAUUGAAUGAUGUCCAUUUGACGAGACACGACACACAAGAUUCAUUGGGAGGAAAAAAAGUGUCUCGUGCACUGUCAUAGUCAGCAUCUUCGACUACACAGCAAAGAUAAUUAUUCAUCGUCGGUGUUCCAUCGAGAUAUCGUGUUUACCUUGACUCUUCUGUAAUCGCAAGGAGUUUAAAGGAAUCUUCUGUCAUGUCAACUAAAAGGGAUAAGGACGCAAUGAAUGAAGAUAGCAGCAGUGAUGAAGAUGAAGAUCCCGAUAACAUGGGUGUACCUGGUGGUGGUAAAGAUCUUGCCACUGCUACUGGAAUUGCAAAUAUUAAAGAUGAGAAGCCUGCAGAUGCGCCAUCUAAUGUUAUGGCUAAAGGACAAGGAGCAUUAAAUAUGUUAAAUCAGAAGUUUGGUAAUAAAAUCCCUGGUGGAUUGGUAACUAAGACAGCAACACCCGGUUAUGAAAUGGUACGUGUAGGAGGAUCACAGGGUACACCACCUGGUUUUGUUAAUGCAAACCAAUUGGGUCAAUUAGGUCAGUUAGCUGCUGCUGGUGGACCAUAUUUUCCACCAGGGUUAGCAACUCUUGCAGGUUUCAAUCCUGCAGCCUUUUUUCCACCAAGCAUGGAUAUGAGCUUAAUGAGUGGUUUUAUGGGUAUGCCUGGAAUGAACAUGGGAGUUAAUCCUCUUGUGCAAUUGUUAAACCAAAAUGGUUUACACCCAAAUUGGCCAGCUGGGCUGUCAGGUAAAGGUGUGGCUCAAUUAUGGAUGAAUUCUGGAGAUCCUGCAAAAAUGAAUAUGCAACCAACUAUACCAGAAGAAGAAGAAGUAGAUGAUGAAGAUAUGGGUGUUGCGGAAACAUAUUCUGACUAUAUGCCAACCAAACUUAAGCUCGGACGAAAGCAUCCAGAUCCUGUCGUGGAAACUGCAUCACUAUCUAGUGUUGAACCAACAGAUGUUUGGUAUAAACUUUCAAUUCCUGAAGAAACGAUACGAACUGGAGCUUUAUCCGCGUUACAACUUGAAUCAAUAACGUAUGCGUCCCAACAGCACGAACAUCUCUUACCAGAUAGUACACGUGCUGGUUUUCUUAUCGGUGAUGGUGCAGGAGUCGGCAAAGGACGAACUAUAGCUGGAAUUAUAUUUGAAAAUUAUUUGAAAGGAAGAAAACGUGCUAUUUGGGUAUCAGUCUCAAAUGACCUUAAAUAUGAUGCUGAACGUGAUUUAAACGAUAUCGGUGCAUCCAAAAUUGAAGUUCAUGCUUUAAACAAAUUUAAGUACGCAAAAAUUUCGUCGGCAGUAAAUGGCAACGUAAAAAAAGGAGUGAUAUUUAGUACAUAUUCAGCUCUAAUUGGAGAAUCUUCUCAAAGUGGUGGAAAAUAUAAGAGUCGGUUGAAACAGCUUUUACAAUGGUGUGGUGAAGAUUUUGAUGGAUUAAUUAUUUUUGAUGAAUGUCAUAGGGCUAAAAAUUUAUGUCCUACAGGAAGUUCAAAGCCUACAAAAACAGGUUUAACAGUCUUAGAGUUGCAAAAUAAACUUCCCAAAGCUAGAGUAGUAUACGCCAGUGCUACGGGUGCUUCUGAGCCCCGUAAUAUGGCCUAUAUGGUUCGAUUAGGUAUGUGGGGUGAAGGAACACCAUUUCCUGAAUUCAAUGAUUUUAUUACUGCUGUGGAGAAACGUGGAGUUGGUGUAAUGGAAAUAGUAGCAAUGGACAUGAAACUUCGAGGCAUGUACAUCGCUCGACAACUUAGUUUUCAUGGUGUAGCUUUUAAAAUAGAAGAAGUACCAUUAUCCAAAGAAUUUACUGACAUCUAUGAUCGUUCUGUUCGUCUUUGGGUCGAAGCAAUGCAUAGGUUUCAAGAAUCAGCAGAAUUGUUGGAUGCCGAAAAUCGUAUGAAAAAGACUAUGUGGGGACAAUUCUGGUCAUCCCAUCAACGUUUCUUUAAAUAUCUGUGCAUUGCAGCUAAAGUAAAACAUGCUGUAGCAGUUGCACGAGAAGCUGUGAAGUGUGGAAAAUGCGUAGUUAUCGGAUUACAAUCUACUGGUGAAGCUCGUACGUUAGAACAAUUGGAACGCGAUGAUGGUGAAUUAAGCGAUUUCGUUUCCACUGCAAAAGGAGUGCUUCAAACAUUAGUAGAAAAACAUUUUCCAGCAUCAGAUCGUAAUCACAUACAACGAGUUCUUGGUAUUGAACCAUCGAAAAUGCAAAGAUUAGACGAUCUCGAUGAUAUUGAUGGUGCAGGUGGUUCUGCAAGUGGAAGUAAAAGGAAACCGAUACGACAGGCUGCUCAACGAGCUUCAAAAAGAGUUCGUACAUUUCCAUCUGAUGACGAUUUUACGGAUGACGAAAGAAAUGGUGGACAUAGUUCUGGCUCAGAAUAUAAGCAAAGUGGUAGUGAGAGUGAAGAUGAUCACAAGACCGAUGAGGAGAGCAAUAUCACUUCUGAUUCUUCUUUUAAUUAUAGUGAAACAGAUUCUGAUUCAGGUGAUGGAAGACGAAGGAAGAAGGGCGCUAAAAAACAAAAAAAACCAGUGAAGAAACGAAGCGGUCCAAUGGGAGCUGGAACAACACGUAAUCGAGCACCAUCAAGAGAUGCUGUAGAACGUGCUUAUACUAUGAAGAAAGAAUUAUUAUCGCAAAUUGAAGAAUUGGGAGAACGAUUGCCACCAAAUACUUUAGAUCAACUAAUCGAUGAGUUUGGUGGACCAGAAAAUGUGGCUGAAAUGACUGGCAGGAAAGGACGAGUUGUUCAAACAGAAGAUGGUACUAUUCAAUACGAAUCCAGAUCCGAAGUGGAUGUACCAUUGGAAACUCUUAAUUUAACUGAGAAACAGAGAUUUAUGGAUGGUGAAAAAACAGUAGCUAUUAUCUCAGAAGCAGCUAGCAGUGGUAUAUCAUUACAAAGUGAUAGGCGAGCGAGAAAUCAGAUGCGACGUGUGCAUAUCACUCUUGAAUUACCAUGGAGCGCAGAUAGAGCAAUACAACAGUUUGGACGAACACAUCGUUCUAAUCAAGUCAAUGCACCGGAAUAUAUAUUUCUUAUUUCGGAUUUGGCUGGUGAACGACGAUUUGCAUCUAUUGUUGCAAAACGUCUUGAAAGUCUCGGGGCUCUCACGCAUGGUGAUAGAAGGGCUACAGAAACUAGAGAUCUCUCACAAUUCAAUAUUGAUAACAAAUAUGGACGUGCAGCACUUGAGGCAACAAUGAGAACUAUAAUGAAAUAUGAACCACCGCUUGUACCACCACCACAAGAUUAUCAAGGUGACUUCUUUAAAGACGUAGCAGAUGCAUUAGUUGGUGUUGGUUUAAUUUGUAAUAGCGAGAGUACGCCGGGUGUACUUACAUUGGACAAAGACUAUAACAACAUGUCAAAAUUUUUAAAUCGUAUUCUUGGUAUGCCAGUUGAUUUACAAAAUCGACUAUUUAAAUAUUUCACUGAUACUUUAAACGCGAUUGUAACACAAGCGAAAAAAACUGGUCGUUUUGAUAUGGGUAUUCUUGAUCUUGGUACAUCUGGUGAGAAUGUAAAACGAGUUAAAUUGUAUCGUUUUCUGCGGAAACAUGCUACUGGAAAGGCACCAACUGAACUUCAUGUUGUUCAUGUCGAACGUGGAAUGAAUUGGUCUGAAUCGAUGGAUAAAUGUUCUGAAUUAACAGGAUCCAAAGAAGGCUUCUAUUUGAGUCAUCAGAUUCGUAAUGGAAAGCAAACAGCAAUUCUUGCAGUUUUAGUGGAUACUGGAAAAAAGAAAUCUGAGAGUAAAAAAGAUCAACUAUAUAUGGUUUAUAGACCCAAUACAGGAUUACAAUUAAGACAAGAAACUCUAGGUGAAUUAGAGAAAAAAUAUAAGAAAGUAUCUUCAGAUGAAGCAGAACCACAUUGGUCACAACAAUAUGAAGCAUCUGUAGAUACAUGUUCACACGCUUAUUGGCGUGGCAAUUGUAAAAAUGCGACUCUUGGUAUGGAUUGUGAGGUUGGACUUCGAAGACGUUCCUAUAAUGUAUUAUCAGGUUCGGUAUUAAGUGUAUGGAGUCGAGUUGAAAGCAUUCUUGCGACACGUUCUGCUCAUAAUACUAAAAUGCAAGUUGUACGUUUACGAACUGAUGAAGGUUUAAAAAUAGUCGGUACUCUUAUUCCGAAAUCAUGUAUGGAAAUAUUACGUCAAGAAUUAUCAUCUGAUGCUGAAAAUACUGAAGAACUUACAUUUUGAACAUUUCAUUAAUUCGCUUUUAUAGGACCAAAAGAAGCGAUUAAUGUGAAUAUAACAUGGACAAAUCCCUCUUCCUAAGUCUUGCGACAAAAUUCAGUAAAGAAGAGGGUGCAUUUGCAAAUGCACGGCAAAGAUAUAAAUUAAUUAUAUCGAUUAAUAAGUAUAUAGAUUCGAAAGUUGGAUCUAUAACUUUAUUUUAAUUGCCGUAAUGACGAGUGAAAUGAACGUGUGCAUAAAUAUUUCCAAUCUAUGAAUUUCAUGAGAUCGAAACUUAUUUUUUCGUUAGGCUUUAACGUUUUUAAUUUAAUCAUUUCAACGAAGUAUACUUUGUAUACCUAUUACAUCCCGAUCAAACAAAAAAACAUUAUUAAGUAGCUAACAUAUUUCCUUUUUUUUCUUCGUUUUUUUUUGUUAAACUUUAAUAGAUCCCACCGCUUUUUAGUUAGACGUUAACGGAAAUGAAUAUCUUUUUCUAUUUUUCAUUUAUCUGUUUUUCGUGUCAUUCAAUCAAGAAAGAAAGAAAAUAACAAAGUCUAUAAUUUUAUAAUAAUUAUGAUUACAUGCAAAGUAAAUUUAUCACUCCUUUUGUAUGCGAAAAAAAAUAUUACAAUUGUUUUGUAAAAUGUAUCACUGGAUAUAGAUAUUUAAUCAGUCAGUCAGCCAGUCAGUCAGUCACUCAAUCAGUCAGUCACUCCUCUCUCUCUCUCUCUCUCUCUCUCUCUCUCUCUCUCUCUCUCUCUCUCUCUCUCUCUCUCUCUCUCUCUCUCUCUCUGCUUGUCUCUGUCUAUUUCUGUUUAAUCUAUUUCUAUCUCUAUCUCUGUCCUUGCAUUAUAUUAUAGGAGAAUUUCAAUUUAUGCGGAAUAGCUUUAUCUUUCGUGUAUUAUGAAAAAUUUUAUCAAAUUUGGAGAGAAGUAAGAUUCUUAUGUGGAAAUAUAAAAUUAAGCUAUAA